GAAAGGCGAAAUCAGGUUGAGAUAGAUGAAUUACGAGGACGCGAAAGAGUUAAGAUCAAGAAAAAAUGAUCAAGAAAAGGAGGUUGUUUUCCACGAUGAUAAUAUUGGUGCAGACUAUAAAUGGCACAUGAGCCCGAAAGGGGAAGAAAAGUCCACAAGCACAGAAAAUGCAAAGUGUCUGACGAAUGUCGAGGAAAAUCAUCAUAUCAAAGAAUCUUGCAGCAAACAUGGUUUUGAAUCAAAAGGAAUUGGAAAAUCAUUGUUGAAAUCAAAUGACAAAGACAAAGAAAAAUGCAAAGACCAUAUGUUUAUACAACCAUCAAAGAGAGGAAAGAAUGUAAAAAAGUGUAGGUAUCAUAAUGAUGGAUACCCCAGUGCUCGUCUUUACAAACAUGUAGAAAUAAUCGAAAGAAUAGUUCAUACAAUUGAACGAGAUGUAAAAAAUGUCCCAACUGUAUUCUGUAGCAAAAAUAAAGUAGUAUCAAUGAACGAGAAGAAGCAGAAAUGCAAAAUAUUUUCCAAACCAAAAUCAAGAUUGUUAGCUACAACAAAGCAAACACCGAAAAAUGUUGUGAAACAUUUCCAUCAAGGUACUGAAAUAUACUACUUAAAAACAGAGUACACAUCAAAGCUUAGACAUUCAUUCCCGUUAGAAGGAUGUAAAGAUACAGCUAAUCAAAUUUAUAGAAAAUACCUAAAAAUGCGUCCAUUGCCAGUGAGGUACUCUGACAUUUUACAAAAAAUCAAAGAAAAAAUGAUAGAAUUUGAUCGUCGAAGUGUUUCAAAAAAUCAUAAGAAACACGAGCAUCCCAUCAUUUAUAGAAAUCACAAAUAUCCAAAAUUGCCUGAAAAUCUAAGAUUCCUUUUUUCUGGAAUAGAUCAAAUGCCAAAUCAAUCCAUUCAUCUUUUCCCGGUAUUUGGAAAUGCCAGGAGCCUUGACGAAUUUGUACAAAGAGAAAUUACUCAAAGCAAAGAAAGCAAUGAAGUAAAUUCUUCAUUGCAUUCAAUGAAUUUGGAGUUAAUUAGACUCCGUUCAUUUCACAACUUCCCUUCUUCAAAGUCAGUUUCAACAGUGAAACUUGCUCGUCAAGGAUUUUAUUAUUCCGGUGAAAGUGACACAGUUAUUUGUUUUGCUUGUGGAUUCCAAAAGAGUAACUGGCGAAAGGAGGAUGAUGUAGAUGUUAUUCACCGUACUUCCUCUCCUGCCUGUCCACUUCUGAAUUCGUGUUCUACAAGUAAUGUGCAAAUCAAUGGAAAUCAAGUAAAUAGUUUUGAUGAAAAUUGUGAAAAUCGACGAGCAAAUCUCCAAAGUGCUAGAAGCGAAAAUUUACAUGCUGAUAGACUUCCACACAAUGCUCAAAUAACCAAUGAAGAGGUACCAAGAACAGAAAAGGACAGAUAUGACUUGCAAAAUGGCUCUGUACAAAACCAUUCUCCAAGCAGAACAUCAAGUGAUCAACUCACAAGAGCAAGGGCUCAACAAGAGAAGAUUAAUGCAUUUAUUCGAGAAUUAGAUCCGCUUGGUAUAAACUUUGAUCGUCCAAAGUACCCUUCAUAUGCAGUGUUAGCGGUCAGAAUCAGUGCAUUUGCGGAUUGGCCUUCCAGUAUCACCCAAACCCCCAGAGACCUUGCUGUGGCAGGGUUUUUCUAUGCAGGAUAUGGAGACUACACCCGAUGCUUCUUCUGUGGAGGAGGAUUGCGAAAUUGGGAACCUGGAGACGAUCCUUGGACAGAACAUGCUAGAUGGUUUCCAAAGUGUGCUUUCCUGAGACAAAACAAAGGGGACGAGUUUGUUGCACUGGUGCAGAUUGAACACCAAGAGACAACAGAACAAACUAAUGGUUACAUUGACGACCAAGCGAGUGGAUCAGAAAAGACACAGUCACAAAUUCAGAAUGUGAUUACACAUUCAGCAUUUUUAAGUUUACUGGAAAUGGGAUACUCAAAUCAAAAAAUCCAGGAGGCAUUUGAUCUCUUGAAAGAAACAAAGGAGGCUAUGCAUAUCAAGGCUGAAGAAUUGCUAGAUAUCCUUUUGGAUCAAAAGGAUAGAAACCCAGGAGACACGUUACCUUCCUCUGCUUCAGCAUCGUCAGAAUUGACACCAAACAACAUUGAAAAGACAAGCAAGGAACGCUCUGAAGGAAAUAUAAAAGUUGGAAAUGAUUCUGAGACACGUAAUCCAGAAAACAAAUGGGAUGCCAGUCAAUCAUUUUCGUCGAUGACAUUAGAAGAUACAAAGUCACUCAUUGAAGAAAACAGAAAACUGAAAGAUCUUCGACUUUGUAAAAUUUGUCUUGAGAACGACGCAUCUAUCGCCAUGUUACCUUGUGGUCAUCUCUGCUGUUGUCCAGACUGUGCUCCGGCCAUGAGGAAGUGUCCAAUAUGUCGACAGUUUGUGAAAGGAACAGUUAAAACAUGGCUGGUUUAAUGAUGCUUUGGAAUAUUUUUAGCUAUAAAGAAUGACAUACAUAUAAUAAACCUACGUAAUUUACGU